UUAUAAAGAGAAUAAAAUGGUACUAUUAGUUAAUUUAUUAUUAUUUAUCAUUAUUUUAAUAAAUUUUGUAAAUACAAAUGAGGUAGAAUUUUGUUCGAAAGAUAUAGAGAGUUGUGGAAAUAAAUAUAUUAACAAUAAAAGAUAUAUUUUAUAUGACGUCAAUCAACCAGAAGGAUUUAAUCUUAGGAGAGAUGUUUACAUCAGGAUAGCAGUGUUUAUUAAAAGUUUAAUAAACCAUGAUCAUAAAUAUCAAUGGCAUUUGGUUUUACCUCCUUGGUCAAAUCUAUACCAUUGGAAAAGCAAUACUAUUAAACAAAAACAAUUACCCUGGAGUUUAUUUUUUGAUAUUGAAAGUUUAAAUAAAUAUGUAAAAGUUAUUGAAUUAUAUGAAUUUAUUGAAGAGUAUAAUGGAAGCACUGUGGAUAAAGUAUUUGUUCUACAAAACGAUCCAAAAAUGUUUGAAACUGGAGAUUUUAAAGAUAAAAAUAAAAUUGUCGAGUGCAAUAAAGUGAGAUUAAAUAGGGAAUUAUUUUGGGGAUAUAACAAUAUUACUGCUAAUGAAAUUAUUUGUAUUGAAUUUCAUGGAACCGCUUCACAGCUAGUCGUUAACUUGAAUCCUUCAGUUGAUAAAUCUUUCAUGUUUGAUCAUAUGGAAAUUCCAUUGCAUGAUUAUUAUGGUUCUGUUGAUUUUUGGUUGGCAAGACGUAGUAUGCGAUACAAUAAGGAAUUAUAUGAAAUAGCCAAUGAAUUUAGAAAAAAAUAUCUUAAUUCUACUGACAAAAACGAUAAAACAAUAAGACCACCUGAUUGGAAAGAUGAAAAGAGUAAAAGAAAUGCUGUAGGAGGCCCCUACUUGGCAAUUCAUCUUCGUAGAGGUGAUUUUUUAAUAGGCAGAUCAGAUACAGUACCGACAAUAAAAAAUGCUGCUAAUCAAGUAAUAAAAAAACUGAAAAAACUUGAAUUAAAAACCGUUUUUGUGGCUACUGAUGCAGAAAAUUCUGAAUAUAUUGAGUUAACAAAACACUUGACUGGAUACAAUGUUUACAAAUAUCUACCCACUGAAUAUCACAAAAAUAAAUUUAAAGACGGUGGAAUUGCUAUAAUUGAUCAAAUAAUUAGUUCACACGCAAAAUAUUUUAUAGGAACAUAUGAAUCAACUUUUACGUUUCGUAUUCAAGAGGAUCGAGAAAUAUUGGGAUUACCUAUAAAAUCGACAUUUAAUACGUUUUGUGGAAAAAAAAAGUGCCCGAAAUCUAGCCAAUGGACAAUUAUUUAUGAAUAAAAAUUUACAAUAUUCUUUUAUAUAAAAAAUAUUUUUAUUCACUCGAAUUAUAUAUUAAAUUGACGGAGGUUUACCAAUAAGUUCUUGCUCUCUACGAAGUUCUUCUUCACGUUUUUGUUCUUUGGCUAAAGCUUGCUUUUGUUUUACUUGUUGUAAAUAAAUAGCACGUUUCU